GGGUCGAACUAAGACGCUGAAGUAGGCCGUCGUACGGAUGAUUACUCAAGAUGGCGGAGAUCAACACUUGUUCCACUUGAAGUUAGGGGUCAGAUGUCUAAGGUUCAACAGGUCAAGUGUACACUGCCAAUUAACGAGGUGGAGUUAAAGAAAGGAAACAAACCUGGUCACAAGGUAAACAAGUGAGCGACACAUUAGCCGGGACAUUAAGUCUGUCAACACGAUGGCUGGUGGGGGCAGCUGCCAGCUGAUGAUAGUACAAGUCCUAGUCACCACGCUGCUCGUCAGCCGUGCAACGACAACAGAGUCGGGCAAGUGUGAAGAGAUCCAGAUCCCCAUGUGCCGGGGGCUCAUCAAAUACAACUCCACCAAACUCCCCAACAAGUUCGGCCACGCCACACAAUCUCAAGUCUACUGGGCCCUACAGCCCUGGUGGCCGUUCGCCGACACCGGAUGCUCGGACAAUCUCCGGAACUUUCUGUGCGGCAUGUACCUCCCCAGGUGCGCCGGGGACGAGACCGAGCCGCACUACCCGUGUAGAGAGACGUGCAAGAAGGCUAAAAUCCGGUGCAAGAAAGCCAUGAAGGAGCAGAACACCAACUGGAGCGAGCAGUUCAAGUGUAUACAGCUCCUGCCCAAGGACUCGCACCGCUGCGUCAAGCCCGAGAGAGAGACCAAGAAGAAGCAGAACAAGAGCAACGCCCUGUGUCAGAGCAACAAGUUAGCCAUGUGCCAGACUAUGCCGUACCCCCUAGGGUCCCUACCCAACAUGUUUCUUCAGGCCGAUGUGUCAGAAAUCGACGCGGAAAUGCAACAAUUCCAACCCCUCAUGGACACCGGAUGCUCCAAGAAGCUGCGGUUCUUCCUGUGCGGCGUGUACAUGCCGUUUUGUAUCCCAGACCCGCACAAGAAAACAAAACCGGGAACGGAACUGAAGAAGCCAUUGUCCAAUAAACUACCGCUGGUGGUGCCGUGUCGCGAGCUGUGCCAGGAGAUCUUUGCUAAGUGUAACGACGAGUACCAGCUGAUGUCACAAGGACUGCCGUGGCCGGCAAAGUUCCACUGUAACAGGUUUCCGUCCUACCUCGACCAGAACAACAAAACUGCCAAGAAGGUGCCCAGGGAGGGGGGAGAAGGGAGCAGAGUCACGUGCAUCAUGCCGCCCCCUGAUUACCAGGGAUAAAAUGAUCUCAGUAGCAAAACUACAACAGUGCUACUUUGGGGCAGCAUUACUACCCUACCCUUAGGUAGCAAUACCAAAGUUAGAACCACAUUGUAAAUACCCAAACAUUGUCAAUACUGUCAAACAUAUGCAUGCUUUCUGGUGUGUGAUAUAUUUGUUAAAAAAGAAAAAUCUGACCAAAACUGUAAUAGUUAUGUUAUAUAUAACGAGCGUAUAUGUAAUGUAUUAGUUAACAUUUGCCUACUACGUGUUUAUUCUGAAUGUAAAUUAAAUCUCUGAUUACACCAAC